CGGCCAUUCGGUACGCGAAGACGAUCGAGCGCUCGAGCGAGCAGUGCUGUGACAUGAAGCGAGGCAGUGCAUGGGUGCCCAUUGGUGUCGAAUACGUCUCAUAAUUCCGCUGCCGGUGAACCUCGAGGAAGUACGUCACCAUUAAUGCCGCCGAGGAUGCCUGUAAAUGCGUUCUCUACGAGGCGCUAGUCACCCGGCUCGAAUCCGUGUUUAAUUUUAAGCCAAGAUGGCGACAGCGUUGACCGUCGAACAGGAGCAAGCAACGAAGGAGUUUAUAGAGACGGUGAAUAAAUGCAGAGCCGGAAGGCGGGUCGGACCAGUCUCGUGGAGCACGGCGGUAAAAUUUUUGGCCGCUCGAAAGUUUGAGGUUUCCAGAGCUUUGGCCCUGUACGAGCAGCACGAAGCCACCAGGAGGAGGGAAGGCCUCGCGGUUUUGUAUCCCACGCAGGAGCCCCUACGCAGCGAGCUACGCACGGGUAAAUUCACCGUCUUGCCCUCGAGAGAUGCCACCGGAGCAGCCAUAGCUAUUUUUACCGCGCAUUUGCACCUCCCGCAGAACACCACCCAUCAGACCACCUUGCAGGGCGUGGUAUAUCAACUGGACGCGGCGUUGGAGAGCGCGGAAACGCAGAAGCACGGAUUGGUCUUCAUCUAUGACAUGUCCGACAGCAAGUAUCAGAACUUUGACUACGACUUGUCUCAGAAAAUUCUCACGCUCUUGAAGGGCGGAUAUCCGGCGAAGCUGAAGAAGGUGCUAAUUGUUACGGCGCCUCUGUGGUUUAAGGCACCCUUCAAGAUCCUCAGGCUGUUCGUUCGGGAGAAACUGCGGGACAGAGUCUUCACCGUGUCGAUCCCACAGUUGACUCUUCACAUACCCCGCGAAUCCCUGCCACAUCGGCUGGGCGGCACCUUGGAGAUUCAGCAUGAAGCCUGGCUCCUCCAUUGCCUCAAAUCCAUGACUAAUCGAGGAGGGGGUGAACUCUGCGAGGUUACCCCCAGAGUGGGAUCUCCACUGUCGCCUACGUCGAAAAGUGGCUCUCUUCACCUGAACCCCAAUGAACCGCCUAUCAGCAACCCGACCAGUCCCGUGAACGAGAAGAGCAAGCUCAAGAAUGGCGUGGCGAACAUUGGCGACAUCGAGAUCACCAACGGUGAUAUCUGGGUUGGCAGCGACGACGCACCGUCUCCGGUCCAGCCACCUUCUUCGGCAAGUUCUGGAUUCAGCGACGAUGACAGCCUUCACGGGGACCUCGGGCUUCAGGCCGUGUCCAUGGAGCAGCUCAUCGAGUCGAUACACUCGAGGGGACGAGCCGGUCUCGUAGCGGAGUACGCCGAGAUCAAGCAGAGACCCCCCGAUGGCUCCUUCAACAAUGCCAAGUUGAGGCCGAACCAGCCGAAGAACAGAUACACCGACGUUCUCUGCUACGACCACAGUAGGGUGUGCCUUUCUCAAAUAGAUGGGAAUCCAACAUCCGAUUACAUUAACGCUAACUUCGUUGACGGGUACAAGCAGAAAAAUGCGUUUAUCAGUACUCAGGGACCCCUUCCUAAAACCUGCGGUGACUUCUGGAGGAUGGUGUGGGAGCAGCAAACUCUCGUGGUCGUCAUGACCACCAGAGUGGUGGAACGGGGCCGGACAAAAUGCGCCCAGUAUUGGGGCCCAAAGCCAGGGGACGAAGAAUCCGCGGGUGGCUUCACUGUAACUACCCUUGAAGUUUGCACAAAUCCAGAUUACACGAUAUCAAUGCUUCUUCUCACAAACGACAAGACUGAAGAAACCAGAGAAGUUUGCCACAUGUUGUAUACGGCAUGGCCGGAUUACGGUGUACCUCAGUCAGCCAGGGCACUCCUGCAGUUUCUAUCCCUAGUGAGACAACAGCAAAGUAAAAUGUUGGCCAGCAGAGGUGACACGUGGGCCGGCCAUCCUCGGGGACCACCCAUCGUGGUCCACUGCAGUGCUGGGAUUGGAAGAACCGGCACUUUUUGUACCUUGGACAUUUGCAUAUCCCGACUCGAAGAUACCGGGACGGUAGAUAUUCGAGGGACCGUUGAGAAAAUCCGAGCACAGAGAGCCUACAGUAUUCAGAUGCCAGAUCAGUAUGUGUUUUGUCAUCGAGCCCUCGCCGAGUACGCACUUUCCAGGGGGUUGCUGAGCCCUCAGCAUCUCGCCAUGCUACCGCCGACUAUCGAGGAGGAUUCCGAUUAGAUUUACCAAUGAUACGUGUCGACCCAUACUAGAUCAGUGUAUUUCUCUCCAGGCAUAUGCUAAAAUGAUUUACUUACCCAGAGUAAGUACUGACGCGUCGUCAACGAAGGCCACUCUGACCGCGAGGAGUCAUUUUGGCCUUCACCGUCGUUCUCGUCGAUAUCAGGCGGAGACUCGUUCCUUUCUCAAGUCGAAUUCCCAAGUCAAAGAGGCCACCUAAACCGGGUUACUUUCUUGAAAUUGUCCCUUCUCGCGAUGACUUUGAAAUAACGUGGACAAGACGGGCAAUUUGCAUCAUCGACUUAGUCGUUGACUCACGCUAAAGGCAGGCCUAUUAAGACUGUAAUGAAAUUGCACUUGGAAACGUGAGUCCUAUUUCGAGCUGCUAGUCUUACGAGUCGGUGAUCCAAAAGUAAUGUCGUGCAUGCGCCAAGGUCGACGUCUGACCAAGACUGGCUCGGAACUUGAAAUCCUAGAAGUAUAUUAUAAUGUAUAACAAAAUGGUUUGCGCCGACCUCGAAACAGGCGGUCGAUAAUAUAUCGAUAGGCAUUUUUGGAUGACCAAAGAUUACCUACUACACAACCUUUAGAGAAUCGAAACUCGGCGAUUGUAAAUCUCGAUUCGUAUUCUAAUGGAUCCUCUCCUUUACGGGCGGAGGGUAAAUCAAGAGCGACGAACUGCCGUAUUCAGAAAAGCAUUCACCCUGGCCCGAACUCAUCGGAGCCAUUAAGGACGAGUUUCACGCAGGAUCGAUCUCUUUCUGAAUACCGGUAUAUACGUAUUUCCAAGUAGAGUUUAUUUAAAUAUCGGACGACCUUGCAGAAAGUACACGAACCAAGAAGCAUAGCGUGGACGCAAGGAGCGCUUCCCGUUGAUCCUUAUCGGAGCCUUCUCUCUCGAGAAAAAAAAAAGGAUCGCAAGAUCGUUGCGCGUAACGUUGAUACGCGUAACGAGAAAGUGAUCAUUACCUGCAGGUAUUGGCUGCUGAGGUUACAAAAAGGUUUUCUACGAUUGAAAUUUUACCAAAAAGAAGCCACGCGAGACUCGCUUUCGUCCAGCUCGAGGGAGUGAGCACGUAUGUACGCGUGAUAAGGAACGUUACAACCGUACAAAUUAUUUUGUACAGUGAUAGGACAAUGGUGUGGACCCUCUUGGUCCUCGUCCAGCGUCCGAAUCCGUUAUCACGCGCUUAAUGCUAUCAACUCCGGGGACACUUGCGACGCCAUGUCGACGCCACGACCCAAUCGACGAGCAGUUUUCAACGGAACCGUUAACCAUAAGACUUACCGAAUUCAAAACUUACAGGAUUAAGAUUAUUAAUGUACGUACGUAGAGUAUUGUGUGCCGAGGAUGGAUGCGAAAGGCUCGUGCAAAAGUGGAGACCGAAACCGAACCGUUUCUAGCGAAGUGAUGCCUACUUGAGUAAAUUUCCAUGGAGGAACUCGUAUACGUUUAACCAGUCGAUGUUUCAAGUUAAAUGUUCUUCUCGACAUCGUUGGUAGGAAUAAUCUCUCCGCGGUUAAGAGGGCAACGAAAGACUCGUUUUCGUUCUUCCAAUGCUUCUGGGCUCCCGAGAUGCGACGCGUUCGCUAUUCCAAAAUAUCGUAGGAGCCUACAAUAGUUGCUAUCGGUACGACUAGUUUCUCCAGUUACGGUUAAACGUAGAAUCUUUGUAUAUCCUCCGACGUUAACUGACAAUAUUAUUCAUCGGGCGUAGGUUGGUCAAGGUGAAAGCGCACAUUUCUUGGAUUUAGUUUUGACAGUCGCUCAAAGAUACGUACACAACCUCGCACCUGAUUAAUUACGUCCGAUUACGUCCACGUGCACGCAGAGAGACGUUUCGUUGCAUCGAUACCCAUUUAUCUUGGUUCUGUCGUACGUUAUGGAUCCCUAUUAUCGUAGAGAGCUUUCGCCCCUCGGCGGGAAUUUCGAUCUUUGCGUUACGUGUAUUCCAUCCUGCACCUAGGGUAUUCGUUAAGGGCAUAUCAUUAUCGCUAUCGUUAUUACCGUAUCCGUUCUUAUCGACAUCGUCGGCGUAUUUCAUCGACAUCCCCCAUCGUCGUCGUCAUCCGUUCUCCGUUUGUAUUACCAUCCACGCCAUUGUAGUCACUUCUAUCAUCGUGAUCGCAUUAUCGCAUUGACGAAACGUAAUGAGUAUAUAUUCGUACUAGAUACAUUAUAUAGCCAAUUAUUAGGACUUGGUUUGGACACGCUGUCUACGGCGGGUCGUAUUUUGUACAUACGUAGACGUGUACGUGCCCUCGUCCGAACGCGGAUUCCGUUCCGAUCGUCGAAGCCGUUUAACAGUAUUUUUUUAUGAGAGGAAAGUCAAAGGCACACAAAAUGGGAUUUCUUUUUAUCGAGACUCCAAUUCCGUGUGAGUGAGCGUCGUGUGACUUUGUCGUUACUCUGUAAGUGAUGGUCCCCCCCACUGCGGUAAGAGGUGUCAAAAGAAAUAGAAUUAUAUUGUAUACACACAGACUCACGAGAAGCCGCAAGUCUCCGCACGGUAGCGGGAAACCCUGUAGACCGACCUCGAGGGCUUUGUUUUCUCUUCUUUUCUUUUUUUUUUUUACCGUACGAAUUCGCGCUCCGGUUCGCAAGCUAGCGGUUUCUCGGGAGGCGUCCCUCGCUUGGAUGACAUAGAAUUUGAUAAAGCUACAAAUCGCUAUAUUUAUAUUCUCUAAUUUAUAUCGUUCUCACAACUGUACUAAACCAGCGAUUGUAAUAUCGGGUGUAACGCCUGUCUAAUUAAACUGUUAUAACUAAGCUGAUACCUGGACUGGUUUGGGAGUGUUCGUUGUAAUCGAAAUUCUCCCCGCCAGUUGUCCUGGUUACAUGUCCUCGUUUUAAUUUCACUCGGAAAGGGUAUUUUACUUACGCAAGACAUGCUCGUCUAAUUAAACAUACUCAGUGUUA